AUGUCUUGUGAUAUUGGGUACUGGCAAUCGCUACGGCGGUGGGAGAGCACGCUGAAGCGGACAGAGCCGAUCGUCGUACACGCUCAAUAUACUCUCAAGUUUAACGGAUGGUUGUACCAAAGUGCAGGGGACGUUCCUGCAAUAAGUUUACUCGUCCUGUAUAGUAUUAGGACAGACAGUUGCGUUGUAUUGCGACUCAUCACGGCAAAGGCUCGCAAGUUGUCCAUCGCGGAGAACAUGAGACUAUCAACGUCGUGUGUAGACAAUACAUGCACUAGGGAGAUGGGUGAGACAAAUGUUACAAUCAAUGACGCCGCUGAUGGCACGGUCAAUGGCACCGGCAAUGGGACGGCAGGUAGUACUAUCACAGCGAAGGACCUCUCUGUGACUGGCGUCUCUGCUACCGUCGCGGGCACUGGUACAGCGUCGGAGCCUGGGAACGGUGCGGGGAUGAACGGUGCGGGGAUGGAGAGCAAUCAUUUGUUCAGUUUGGAGUUUGCGGCCCGGCGGCAGUGCUGGAGUCAGCUUUGUUUGCAGCGGUGGAGUCAAUCGAGCGGCAAAGGCAUAGAGUAUUACGUGGACCCGGUUCGCGCAUACGAUUCGGAGUCGGGCCACUUGUCGCGGCAUUGGUCGUUACCGGAGUCGCUGGUUCGAAUCCUGCAGAACCCAAACUACACUGUCGUCUCGGAAGACCUGGGGCUGCUUACGCGCUCGCUUCGCGUCCACUACGGUGUCGUCCUUGCCGGCGGUGUGGACUGCGGCCCCGUCCCCCGAGGACCGCGCUGGACCGGAUCUAUCGAUAUAUACGCGACCAAGGUGGCUGGGCCGCAGGGCGACUGCAUCAUCUAUCACGUCCGUGAACUCGCCAACAGAUACAACUUGGCCAUGGAGGCGCAAUCAGUACAGUCGCAAGGGCAAGACGGGAAGGAGAGGACUGCGCAGGGAGAAGCCGGUAAAAGCACCAGUCGAUCCACGGAUCAAUCGAGCCCCGAGACGCAGACGGAGUUGUUUACCGGAAUGGACACAGGCCCUUUCGACCAAGACGAACUCUCCGACCUGGGCAGUGACCGGUGGACGACAUCGUCGGCAUCGUCCGGGGCAAUGUACGGCCGGGAAAAUGGGGCUCAAAACAAGUAUUACAAAGCACAGACUGAACAAGGUCAGCAACAAGGUUCAAGAGAAGAAGGUUCAAGAGAAGAAGGUGCAAGAGAAGAGGGCUCGAGAGGAGAGGGUUCAAGAGGAGGGGGUUCAAGAGAAGAGGGUUCAAGAGAAGAGGGUUCAAGAGAAGAGGGUACAAGAGGGGGGGGUUCAAGAGAAGAGGGUUCAAGAGGGGAGGGUUCAAGAGGGGGGGGUUCAAGAGGAGAGGGUCAGAAAGAAGAGGACCAGAGCUGCGGUGGUAAUGGCGAGAGGUUGCGCUGGCAAGGAGAUCAAGGUUAUUCGCGGAAACAAGCAGACUUGGGUAAAGAGGAUUAUGAAGAAAGGCGGGAGGUGAGCCGACGGGAAAGGGGAAGCUACGGAAAGGACGGCUACGGAAAGGACGGCUACGAAAGGGGAUCAAGACCGCCGGAUUCGCGACGGCCAGGAUUUGACUGCGGUAGGAGGUCCUCCCGGAGUUCUCACGAAAAGUAUUCUUCUUCAGAAAUCUACAGGAGGGCACCGCUGACCAAGACAGACAACAACGGGGCGUCCUCUCAAGAAGGCACUCGCCAAGACACGCGGACCGUACGACCGCCCGAACUGAUCGACUGCCUCACAGCCUUGCAUAUGGUCAGUGACGAAAUUACUCAGUGUCGAAAUGUAAGGACACUAUACUGA